CGACGUUUUUAUGGAAUGCCCACUGCGCCACACAGCCCAGCCUUUCACACGGUUUUCAGCUACGUCGACAACCCCAGCUUCAAGCACAAGCGGAAACCCGGCCCGAAACCUGCCGGAGCCUGCAGGACACAGAGGACCCCGGCGCCCCUGGGUGUCUCGGGAAGGGGGCACAGGCUGCUCGGGGCGGCCGAGGCUCCACCUGCCGCUGCGCACCUGCCGCCGCGCGCCGGGCACCGCGCCGGGCACCGCGCGGGGCACAGCGGCGGGCGCGGCGGCCCAUGUAAGGCAGCAACGGCGGCAGCCCCCGCGCGCCGCCUCGGUCCGGGCGCGGGGCGGGCGCGGCCUCUCCCCGAACGGGCCGCGCGCGGCCUAUGGGCGCUCGCGGCGGGCGGCGCCGGGCGCCCGCCAAUGCCCGCACGGGGGGGGCGGUGCCGCCGCAACCGCCGCGCCAGCCCCGAGAGCAGCGGCCGCUGCCCACAGCGCCGGACGCAGCCCGGGCGAGAGCCCCCGAGACCUGCCGCCCCUCCACAGCCGGCGGUGAGUGCGGGGCCGGCUCUCCCGGGGGCGAGCACAAUGGCUGACAAAUCAACCAAGCCAGCAAAACGCUUAUCCACCGAUUCAACCAACUCCCAUGAGGGAGCUACGGCAGGAGAAAUAAGUGCUCUGGAAGAGGCCUUCAGAAAAUUUGCUGUCCAUGGUGAUACGAGAGCCACAGGAAAAGAAAUGCACGGGAAGAACUGGUCAAAGCUGUGUAAAGACUGUCAUGUGAUAGAUGGGAAGAACGUAACAACCACAGAUGUUGACAUCGUCUUCAGUAAAAUCAAGGGAAAGUCCCUCAGAACAAUUACUUUUGAUCAGUUUAAGGAAGCUCUUCAAGAACUCGCCAAGAAGCGAUUUAAAGGCAAGAGUGAAGAGGAGGCACUUCAAGAAAUGUAUAAACUAAUUGAAGGAAAAGGCCCAGUUAUAUCUGGAGUAACGAAAACCGUUUCAUCUCCAACUGUAUCACGCCUUACAGAUACUUCAAAAUUCACGGGUUCUCACAAAGAGAGAUUUGAUGCCAGUGGGAAAGGAAAAGGCAGAGCUGGCCGAGAAGAUCUGGUGGAUAACUCAGGAUAUGUAUCUGGUUAUAAGCAUGCAGGCACAUACGAUCAUAAAGUACAAGGAAACAACUCCAGAGGCGAUUAAAAACAGCACAGCUUCCCAGGAGACACAAUCUAGUUUUCUUCCCUGAUGCUACUGUGAGCACAAGACAUUUCAAAGGAACACAUGCAAACAAGAAGGAAAUAAAACUAUCUUCUCAAAA